AUGGUGAAUCUUGAAGAUGUUUAUAAAGAUGCGUCAAAUUUGUUUUGUUUUAGGUAUGCUAAUCGGUAUCGAAAAAAAUGUAUCAAUAAGUAAAAAGCCGAGAGUGAUCUUCGGUAUGCAUUGGACUAUGAUCCGUAAUUACUCUGUACUUGGGCUGGCUCGGUUUUGGCGAGAUCCUGUAUUUGUUAAAUUUCCCAUUAAAAAUGUCAUCUUGCAUUUAUAUGGAAUCAAGCUAGCUGGCCCGUCUGAAUGAGGUCCUGUGUUAAUAACUGACUCAUAUUUGGCUAAUUUAAACCCACUAAGGGGCCGAUUACAUGAAGCAUUUUCAACCCUGGGGUUGAACUCAGCCCUGUUUACCGGGUUGAAAUUUCAGCCCUGUCUGUAAUACAAAACUCUACCAAAAUCAAACGCGCGAUUACAUGACAAAAUUUUCAACCCAGGGCUGAAAUUAUCAUGAGUUAUUCGAGCAUACAUGGUAGUGACUAUUUAUUACGAGAAAAUAAAAUAAAGGCUUUUUUACUCCUGGGAAUCGAUGCCGAGAACGUAUAGUAUAGCAUUUCAACCCCGGGGUUGAAAUCGUCCAUGUAAUCGGCCCCUAAAUGCCAGCCAAUGUGGAAAGUUUGUAUCGCGCAACCGAGAUUUCGGGCGCGCAAUGUUGAUGUUUUCUACAUAUUUACUUUUAGAUUUUCUAAAUCUUAGCCGCGCAAUUUCCAAACUUUCCAGUCAGGAGACGUGCCAGUCAACCAGUGCUCUCCCCUUGACCAGUAAAAUCAUCUGGCAAUAGACAGAGUAAAAUAAUAUAAUAGGGUGCAAUCCAACUCAUUGCAUUAUUUACUUAACCCAUUUAGCGGCAAGGUCUCAAUGCAGCCCACUUUAUUAUUUUACUCUCUAAUUAGCACCAGACAAUUUUAUUGGUGAAUUAAUGUGUGAAUUAAUAACAGAUUAUUUUACUUUUUGUAACUUCAGAUGAUUCUACCUUACUUGCAUGUUAAAAAGAAUACUGCUGGACAUUUGAGAAAAGACUUGUUGCACUUCUUGCUAUUAUUUUAUUGUGCCAGAUGUUGUGUACAUGCUGGGGUCUGGGGAGGGUUGAAAAAUUUUAGGGAAAGUGCAGCAGUCUGGGUUAUAGUUUACAACAUGUCCCUCGAAAGUCAAACCUUUAACUUUAUGCAGCCAUGUAAUUUAUAAUAUACCUGUAGUAUGAAUAUUGUAUUGAAUGAUGAAUUAACACUACUGAAAGCUACUGGGAAAUUGAUCGAUUGACACAGAGAUGAAUUAUUUCAAUUUUAUAGAUUGAAGAACUUUAUGAUCACAAAACAUUUAAAGACCUAUAGAUUAUCCUGUGAUAAGAAGCAAUGGUUAUGCAUAAAUACCAUUGAAUAACAAUAAUUUGUGUUAAAUGUUAAUUUUAUUUGAGAAUCCUCAGAGAUAUGAAAAACUAACUGUUAAUAAAAUUUUUAUUUUGAUACAUCAAUGGAAGGCCGUGCAUGAAUUUUCAGAUGAGGUGCAAAAUGAUCCUCGCACCUUUCUUCAAAAUCUGGCCAUGCAUGUUGUUUUACAAUGUCCAACACCGGAUAAUAUUUCUCUGUCCAGCAAUUCCUCAUGUUUACAGCAGUUUUACAUGAUACAUGCCACAUACAUCACACAAAAAGGUUAAAUAGCAAUUUAACCUUUUUUGACCUAACCUAGCUUACCUAGUUUGUUGGCAUUUAGGCACAGUCACUAAUUCAGCAUCAUAAGCAUCAACAAACCAACAAAUUUGAUCCCAACUUGAAGAAUUUUAUCAUUUGGCAGGCUUUGUUCAGUUGUUGACAUUUCUGAUAUUGAAUUAGUGACCUUGCCUGGAUGUCAAAAACAAUGAAAUCAUAAUUGCUAUCAACCUUUUUGUGUAAGGUAGUACAUUGUCUAUCACGUAAAACUGCUGUAAUUAACGCCAUUGAGUGGCAGCACUCUCCCCCUAACGAGUAAAAGUCUGGCGUUAGACAGAGUAAAAUAAUAAAGUCACUUACAGUAAUUAUAGGGUUAAAUAUAAUUUAGACAGAACAAGCUUUUGAUUAAUGUAACUACACUAUAUCUUUUGUUAGGCCAGGUGCACAUAGUGGUUUAGUACUUGGUUGUUUUAUGGUACCUUUGGUGUUGUUGACUCAAAUUGUAUUUGGUAAACAAAAUCCAUUCAUCUUGCAAGGUAAUUGCCCUGCAGUAAUUAAAUAUAAUUGACCAUUAAGGGUGGCUCAAUUAUGUAGUUUGUCAAAUGAGGUUCAGAUUUGACUUCUGAUAGUUCUACCAUUAAGGUACUAUUAACCAAUCAUAUAUCUGAUUAACCAAUUAGAUGCAGACUAAGCCAUUGAGAGGUACAGUAGUGGUAGCGGAUGUGGUAGUGCAAGUCAAAUCUGAACCUCUAUGAUAGUAAUUUUGUUGUAGUUAUCAAAAUAAUAAAUAAUAAAUAAUAAUGGUUUAAUAGCGUUUCCACAUUAUGGCUAUUCUAUGCUACAAAAGGUUACAUGCAUACAUUAUGACAACAUUAAAUUACUACAAUAUUAUAGUUUAUAUAAUACCUUAUUGAAUUCUGAUCGUUUAAUUGGCUGUUUAUGGUCACGUGAUAUUGAAUAGAAAAUUCCAUUUCCCAAGAGUGCAAUGGAAUAAAACGUAUAGUACAAUUGCACUCUUUGUGUUGCACUCAAUCGCAUCCGUCAAAAUGCUUCUCAUACGAAUCUAUUAGUCUAUUUUGGUAUUAUAUAAAACAAAUAAUGAAUGCUUUUUCGUGCAAUGGUAAGAAUAUUUUCAUUCGGUGAAAGAUGGAAUGUUCCAUUCAACUCGGCUGUCGCCUCGUUGAAUGGAAUGUUCCAUCUUUCACCUCAUGAAAAUAUUCUUACCAUUGCACUCAUAAUAUUAGAGACCUAUACUUUACAAGAGAUAAUCAAACGACAAAAACGAAACGAAACAAUGGACACAUUGCGUAACAAUAUAAACACAUUGUAUUGCAUACUAAAUGUCGCUAAUUUUGUUCAUUGCGAAGUCUUUGAAAUGAGCGAAACAAUUUCGGCAACACUCUCUAAAGUUAGUACUGUUCCGAAUGUUUUCGGGAAGAUCGUUGAACAUCCGAGCAGCCUCGCCUUGAAAGGUGCCAGAGACACGUGGAACGACCAAGUGACGGGAAGACGAUGAACGCAGAGGUCUUGAAAGCCUGGUUUCCAUUAAAUCGUAAUUAUCGCAAGAACCGCAUCGCAAGCGUCGCAACGAUUUUAAAAACGCGAAAAUUUUAAUAAAAACUGCGAUUUAUUGGAAACUUGAUGCGAUAGCGAUGUCUGCGUUCUACGACUAUUGCGAUGAUUACGAUUUAAUGGAAACCGGGCUUUAGGUACGAGGGCCAGUCGCUGGAAUGAAUGGCUUUAAAGACUAGUUUGGCUAAAUGAUAGUCCCUACGUUCCACAACAGGAAGCCAACCAAGAGAGAGGAUGUCACUCAUACUGGCAUAUUUCCGCAAUACAAAACCUGCAACAGCCAACUGCAUUCGUUGUAAACGUUUUAGUAAGUAAUCAGGAACUGGAUUACACACAACAUCGUUAUAAUCUAAUUUUGACAAAACUAGACUCUCUGCAAGUUGUUUCCUGAUAUUAUUUUAUCAAGAACAAUAAUGUCAUGUCAAGGCUUUAUACUAAAUUUGCUGCAGAAAUGAAACAAAUUUGUCUGUAGAGGAUGGAGUCAUUCUAGUCAUUCUAAGUAUAAACAACCUAAAGUGACUAGACACAAAGUGUAUGUGGUCUAACACAUGUUUUAGCAUUGUUAUUAAAAUUAUUUUAAAGAUCAGUGGCAGAUGUAUUACAAUGCAGUGGUUCUAAUGGGGUUAUGUACAGUACUGGUGUUACUAGUGUUAAAAGGAUCAAGAAAUAUCACAACAUUGGCAAUAAUUCCGUUGAUUUGUUUUGCAAUUGCUACAACUGCACAGCUUAAAUGGAAAGGAGGUAAUUGAUAAAAAUGUCAAUAUUUUAAUAUAUAUAUAUAGUAUCAAAAGGGGGGGGGAGGAGGGGUUUUGCCUGGUCAUAGUUGCAACUUAGUCCGCACUGCAAUGCAUCUAAAACUUAGUAUAUAUCUACCAGUCCUAAUGCAUCAGUAAAUUAUGGUUCAGGUUACACAUAAGUUUAGUUUCUAUCAUGUAUACAAAGGUGAUGAGGAUUCAUAAUUAAAUCUUAUUCUGACGGUUUAAUGCAGCAAGAAAUAGUCUGUGGAGAAGUGCUGUCUAUAUUGCUUUGUUGUUGGUUUCAUUAUUAAAAAAUGUGUUAAAUAAACAAAUUUUCUGAGACUGGAUCCAGUCAUAAAAAGCUUUGAUCGGACAAAAGGUAAAAUUGACACCACGUGAUUUCAUUGAUCAAAAUUAAAAAGAGUAAAGGAAUACCAGCCAAGGCAUUUUUUAAUACCAUGGACUGGUGGGGCAUUUGCCCCACUGGGCCCCUUCCUCUGCCCCACCACUGAAGAAAAAAAUGGCCUGUUGCCCUAAGCCAGGGCCCUAGCUUGGGACCUGUAUUGAGCAAAUGAGUUUAACAUUGAAAAGAAGUUUAAAAAACAAAAUUUGUUGGUGAGCAUAUUUAAACUUGUGUUGCGUUUUAAUGAUUAUAGCAUGCAAUUUAUUACAAAUUUCACCAUUAAAGCUUUGUUUUGAAAAGCUGAAAAAGUGUUCUCAGAAUGCAGGAAAUGCUAUUUCAGAGACCCAAAUUUUCAGCUUGAAAGGGCAUCACAAAAUUAGUAAUAUUCCAAAGUUUUGUUGCGAAAUGUUGUAGAAUGCGGAUAAUAUAGCUUUGCGAAAUUUGCAAUUUUCAGUCAUUUUGUAUUACGAGCGGGAAAUGGUUACCACUUUUCCAAAAUUUUGAUCUUAACUAGCCUAAACAAAAAUUUCAUCACAGCUUGAAAGAGCAUCACAAAAUAGUAAUAUUCCAAAGUUUCGUUGCAAAAUGUUGUAAAAUGCGGAUAAUAUAGCCUUGCGAAGUUUCAGUCAUUUUGUAUUGCGCACAGAAGUGGUAACCAUUUCCCGUUUGUAAUCUAAAACGACUGAAAAUUGCCAACUUCGCAAUGCUAUAUUAUCCGCAUAUUUUACAACAUUUUGCAACGAAAGUUUGGAAUAUUACUAAUUUUGUGAUGCUCUUUCAAGCUGUGAUGAAAUUUUUGUCUAGAUUAAUUGUUGAGUUCAAAAUUUUGGUUAAUUGGGGAUUGGUCUAUUGAAAGAAUUUUUGCGCAGGAAACUGUGCAAAAACAUCUUCUGGCUGGUCUCUCGUCCUUUGUGCACGCCUUUUAUUUUCCCGUGACGUCACUGAGUUCACUGAGUGAAAUAUUUAAAACCCUGUGAAUAAUGGCUGUCAUUUCGUCGAGUCACAGGGCAAACCGUAAGCUAGAAUUUCCCUGGAAAAAUCCCCCCACACACACACCCAGCCCUUUGUGAGCAGGGAAGCAUGUCAACUGGCCAGAGAAGUCUUUGACGUUGCGUCAUCUUUGCUAUACCUCUCUAUUAAUGAGAACACGUACUGAGGUGCGCUAAGAGGCCCAGGGACUAGGCCGUAAAAACUCUUUUGGCCACAGCUACAGUUUUAAUUAAUCUUUCCUUUGCUCUUUAGAUACGAAUGAAGUUUUUCUUGUCGCAUGUCUGCUGUUAUAUCUGACCAUAUUUUUACUCGUUGUGAUAUCUCUGCCAUACUCCUUUACACUUGGGGAACUAAUGGUUGUUUGUCAGACGUUGACCAUCUUGUAUGCUGAUUAUGCUGUCAGUAUUUAUAGUAGGGUAAAUUGGACCAUAAAUUUUAUACAUUGUUACACCUAACCACCUACAGUACCUACCAACGAUGGUGUGAAACUCCCGUACUAACAGACAGUCUAAGAAGAAGCGAGAAAAUAACAUAUCACUUUAAGAAGCGAAAAAAUAACACAUUUUCUGUUGUACGUUACAGCUUCGUUUUAUAUUUCCUUCGCCGUACUUUACCGCUGCCACCAAUGUUGAUGAACUGCCUUUUACAAGAACUGAAAUAACGUUUGUACUUCAGGUGAGUAUAUAUGUGUGGAGUUUCUUAAUGCACCCUUUUCGAGGUUAAACUGUAGAGGGUAUAGCACGUGUGCUAAAGCGCUGAGGUAUUAUUUUUUAAUGUCCUUUAUCUAAGCAUCAUGGAAAGACUGCUUUUAAGUUGUUAUUUUCAACUUUUAGACAUUUGUUAUUGGAACUUUGAUAACUGGCUUGCUGCUUGUACCAGUGUUUUAUUAUCUUAGUAUUGUGAGGUAUGUUUUAUAUUGAAAAUACGUUGAAAUCUACUUUAUAUACAGUUUUAAUCAGACAUUGAAAGAAGUGGAUCCUGAGGAAGAUUUGCCUUGGGGAAGUCCAUAGUGGGAGACAAUGUUCGAAUUUGUGUUAUAUACUGUAGGGUCAAAUUUCCCAUUAUUUUUAAUAUAGUUACGCACUUUUGAGGAACAUUUGAAACAUUUUUCUGCAACUAGCAAUGCAAUUUUGAAUAUACGAAAACAACCGUCACUAAAAUUCCGUCACUUCCUGUGUUCUGUUCUGGCUGACCUUGCUCAAGAAUUGGGAUGGUCAAAAGGGUUCAGAACGGUCGUGUGAUCACGUACUAUCGGGGUGUUAGUGAGAAGAAUUUAGUUAGCCGACAAUUUGGGAAAUUCAGUUUGCUUGCAACAUUCACACCCGAGUUAGGAAAGGUCUGCUCUUAGGGGACAUUUCUUUCUCUGGUCUGAAUGUCGCGUCUCGCAAGUGGCAUUCUCGCGACCUAGCGCAAGUCGCUGAUUUGAAACCUUUGAAGCGAAAGUCAACUGACAUUGUUUUGCGUAUAAAAACACAGACAAAUAUACUUUAGGCUAGAUGUGAUCCUCACAACACUUAUCUGGCUUCCAAUUUUUCUGUAGCAAAGUUUUGAAGUUGAACAAGCUUAUAUUUUCAAUUUUCUGUCAUAAUGGUUAUGUUGUUUUUGAGAAAAUACAAGCUAAACCUGCCGGGAUCUUUUGCUCUAGUGUAUUGAAUUAACGAGGUCUAAAACCUAGUGUGAACGUUUUUGCUGUCUACGACUUUACUUCUGUUUUAUUUCAGUGAGCCAGUGGAGUUCUGGAUUGGUUCGUUAUCGUUCUAUGCUGUAUGUUUAUUGUCAGUCAUGGCUAUAUUUAUUCCGUCUUUCUAUAUGACUUUGGGUGGAGUGAAUCCUAUCUUUUGGGCGGUGAAUUUUUUGUCUUUAAAUCCAACAAGAGUAAGUUUAAGUUGUGUUUUAUAUGGUAUGUUCUUCUAUGCUGUGUUGUGCUGUGUUGUGUUGUGA